GCAAGGGAGUCGGUGCUGGGAUCUUCCAGUGUGUCUGGCUCCUCCUUUCUCUGCCCUGCUCGCUUGAGCUUCAGCAGAAAUCGACAUGGCUGGCGGUGAGGCUGGGAAAGACUCCGGAAAGGCCAAGACAAAGGCGAUUUUCCGCUCGCAGAGAGCCGGCUUGCUGUUUCCGGUGGGCCGUAUUCAUCGACACCUGAAAUCUAGGACGACCAGCCAUGGACGUGUAGGCGCGACCGCAGCUGUGUACAGCACAGCCAUUCUGGAGUACCUCACCGCAGAGGUACUUGAAUUGGCAGGCAAUGCAUCAAAAGACUUAGUUAUAGGCUUAAUCCCCUCUCCUUGCUUUGGCGCGCGUCUGAUUGUGUCAUCUUUGAUUCAUAUCUUUGUGCAUUUGUUUUUGCUUAAAAUUAAGUUUCCGGUGGGCCGUAUUCAUCGACACCUGAAAUCUAGGACGACCAGCCAUGGACGCGUAGGCGCGACCGCUGCUGUGUACAGCGCAGCCAUUCUGGAGUACCUCACCGCAGAGGUACUUGAAUUGGCAGGCAAUGCAUCAAAAGACUUAAAGGUAAAGCGUAUUACCCCUCGUCAUUUGCAACUUGCUAUUCGUGGAGAUGAAGAAUUGGAUUCUCUCAUCAAGGGUACAAUUGCUGGUGGUGGUGUUAUUCCACACAUCCACAAAUCUCUGAUUGGGAAGAAAGGACAACAGAAGACUGUCUAAAGGAUGCCUGGAUUUCUUAUUAUCUCAGGACUCUAAAUACUCUAACAGCUGUCCAGUGUUGGUGAUUCCAGUGGACUGUAUCUCUGUGAAAAACACAAUUUUGCCUUUUUGUAAUUCUAUUUGAGCAAGUUGGAAGUUUAAUUAGCUUUC